CGGGCCUCCCGGUGUCGCAGCUCCGAGGGACGGGACCCCGGAGGACCGGGGAUGUGUCUCCUGUUGGGGGCUGCGGGAGUCGGGAAGACCCUGCUGGUGAAACGCCUACAGAAGCUGAGCUCGGGAGAUGGCAAGGGCGACCUGGGGGACCCUCCGCCGACGCGGCCCACGGUUGGCACCAACCUCACUGACAUCGUGGCCCACAGGAAAAUCACCAUCCGAGAGCUGGGGGGUUGCAUGAGCCCUAUCUGGUCCAGUUACUAUGGAAACUGUCAUUCGCUCCUGUUUGUGAUGGAUGCCUCUAACCCCACCCAACUCUCUGCAUCCUGCGUGCAGCUCUUGGGUCUCCUUUCGGCAGAAGAACUUGCAAAAGCCUCGGUCCUGAUACUCUUCAAUAAAAUCGACCUUCCCUGUUACAUGACCGUGGAGGAGAUGAAGUCAUUAAUCAGGCUUCCAGACAUCAUUGCUUGUGCCAAGCAGAACAUCACCACAGCAGAAAUAAGUGCCAGGGACGGCACUGGCUUGGCAACAGUACUGCUCUGGCUCCAGGAGCAGCACAGAUGAGCAGCUGAUGGCAGGACGGAGAAUUCUGGCUGACCCGGUGCCUGGAGACAAAGACUGACGUGAAGCUGCUGUCAUCUGGCUUCUGAAGAUGCGUUCUGGUGAAGCAGACCCGCCCAGUGUGUCCCUGAGCAACAGGGAUCUGUGCAGGGAUCUGUGCAAGCACAUGUACAGACGCUGCUGUCAUCUGGCCUCUGAAGAUGCAUUCUCUGAAGCAGCCACUGCAGGUGGCUGGAUGUCUUCCUGCUAUCUAGAUAAAAGUGCUGCUGGGACCAGGAAACUGGAUCUGUGCCUGAGGGCUUUGGACUGUACCGCUCCACUGAGCCCAGAUAUUUUUGCUAGUACAAGCUCUGCCUUUCUGAUUUCUGAUAUCCUAACCAUGUUCCCCAGAAAAAAUAUAUAUAUAAAGUUAAUGAGUGAGUAUAA